CGCAAAUAAAUCAAUCGAAGAAGAAGAAGAAGAAGACCAAGCAGCAAGACCUCGCUGCCACUGCUGCUAACCGGAGGACAGAGUUGAAAGACUGAACAUGGCGACGCCAGUAUCUGUACUCCGCCUGCCCAGAGGUCCCGACCCUAACAGCCGUGGAUUUGACCCCAGAUCACCCCGUUUCAUCGCUCUCUGUCGCACCUCCAUUUCCACUUCAGCUGCCUCAGAGGCGGACCCUGAACUCCUGCAGAGAGAGCAGCACACUCGAUCUGUGCUGAGAGAGAAAUUUCUCCGAUGUCUGCUCUCCAUGACCAACAAGAAUGUUCAGUUUCACAUGUAUGAGAAGGUAAAGGUGGAGGCCACGUUUGGAGCGUCUGACAUUGACGUUCUGAACUUUCAGGUGUCGGACUUGCACACUCCCAUCGGGGUACAGAAAGAGGCUCUGAUCAGGUGUCAGGAUGUGAUUUCAAUGACUUUUGAUCUGAACACCUGAGGAUUUUGUUUCUUGCUGAAGCAGAACAUGUCACUUGGUGAUAUCAUUUGUUGUUGCAAGUAGCAUCUUUUUUCAGAGUGUAAGAGGUAGUUUAUAAAACAGUUUAUUUUUGCAGAAUGGUGUGGUUGCACAUUGCUAUUUCAGUCCUAUCUGUAUUGUUCAGUAGAGCGUGCUGACAUGUGACUUAAUAUUCAAAGAUCUGACCCUGAUGACAAGUCCCCCUUUUUCACCACAAGAUGGAGCCCUAUUCCUGUAUUUAAAGGCAUACGUCACAAUCUGACAGGCGAGCUUGUUAUAGUUGAAACUAGCAUUGGAGGAUGCUGUUCAGGGAGGCCAGUAUUGGAGGACUUUUGACAAAUUAGUCACCAAAACAGUCAAAGUUUAUCAGUGUGUCUCCCAUUUCUGCUCUACAUUAAGUAGAUUAAGUCUGCUGUCUCCCUUUGUGAGAUGCAAAACCUUGUUGCUGGUGCUGGUGCUCACAUUUAUCUUGUGUAAUUGAAAUUGUUUAACCGAGGUAAAUGAAAUAUUGCACUAAAGACUUUUUUUUUUUUUAGUUAACUGCUUAUGUAUUUGGAAAAUGAUCAAGACUUGGUUAUGCCUACACUGGAGUUGUUUUUGCAAAAGAUUUUUGUACUGAUAAAGAUUGACAUUGCAAAAUUGUAAAUGAUGUGUAACCCCCAGACCACCAUCUCCAUCAAAAAGAUUUAUUUCAUAAUAAUUUUCAAAACAUGUAAAAGGAAGAGUAUCUUCUUUACACCACAGACUGAGUUUUCCACUUUCCCUUUAUGCACUGCGUAGAGAUAGUUGCAUAACUGUUAUGGAGCAUUCAGCAGCAUGCUGUCAACAGAAUGAUUAGUGUAGUGCCUGUAUUUAAUCAGACUCAGUCAGGUUCACGUUAGAGCUGCAACGGAACAGACAGAAAAUUAAUCAUUAGGCAUUUUUGUUUGAAAAGUCAUUCAAAAAAAUUGAUGGUUUCCUCAUGCAUGUUAUAUCAAAUUGAAUGUCUUGAGUUUUGGAGCAGUUGACACUUUUGUUAAGUCAUUUUACUUCUCUUUGUAGUCAUUUGAUUGACUUUUCAGCGAGAAAUGUUAACAGUCACUUGAAACAGGUUGAGUCCUAGGGGCCGCCUUGACCCCCGUAGGCCCCUGGGACUGUGUCCAGUAGGCCCCUCCAGUGAUCCAUUCGUGAAUACAGAGUUUCAGAAAUAUCAGAAAGCCAGAAUGAACAAUAAAUUAAUUUAGUUUUUUUUCUUCAAUCUGGGAACCAAAACAUUUACAGUGUGUGAUAUUAACUGGAAUUAAAUUAAUAGGUUCUCAAAUAUACUGAGGUAUUAGAUGGAUCAGAUACACAGCAGAUCAUUUUUUCCUUGAUGUUUCUGUAAUCUUCUAACAGCCAACACUGAUCCAACAUCUGAUGGCGGGGCAGAUAUUAGUUAUUUAAAUCCUUGGUCAUAAAUAUAAUACGGCAGAGCAGGAUUCAUCAUUGUUUAGCACCAGCCUCAUGGGGAGGAGGAGGAGGGGGCAUCAAUACUAUUUAAUCUUCCUAAAAGGUGUAUUUUGCGAGUUCCCAAUAAGUCAUUUUAUUUGAGUGCCAUUAGGCGGUCGUGCUGUGCCUGUGUCUCUUUUUUGUACCUGAAUUAUCUGACCACUCAGUGUAGACAGUCAUCAAUGAGGCAGUGAGUCAUCCUCCCUCUCUCUCCCACUCUCUCUCGCCCUCCCUAAUCCAAAAUAUGACUUAAAACCUUGCAUGACGUCAUCAGGGCCUGUGUGAUUCAAUCAGGAAGCCCUCAAGGACAACCAAUGUUAAUUUCAUAAACACAGGCAUGCUGUGCUAUGACCAGCAGCCUUCAACUACUACUGUUCUCACUCUCAUCUCUGUGAUGAGUGUCCAUAAAGCCUGCAGGAACACAUACAGCACACAGACAUAUGCAUUUCUUUAUGCUUUUGCUUCACUCCUUUUCUUAGGCAGAUAUUGUAGUUUCUAGUGGCUGGAGUUACUCUGCAGACUAAGACUGUACGUGCAAAACAUAUGCCCAGCUAAUAAAAUAUGAUGAUCAGUGUGAUGCAACUGCCCCUCUGUAAAAAAAAGUAUCUUAAAUUAGCCCCUCCUCAACCAGCUAAACCACUGAAAAGAGAUCAUAUAUAUAAAAAAAAGCCCACGUGGGAGCAUCAGCCAAUUUCUCCUUAUUAUAGUCAGUAAAAUUAAUCUAAUAAUAAAAUAUGUAGCAAUGAAACACUGACGGGAGCCAUUUUGGUGCAUAUUGUGUACCUUUAAUUUUUGACAGUACAUUUUGCUGAUAAUACUUGUCUAUUUUUGUUUGAGUAAGGUUGAAGGACGUUUACAUUGUGGUGUUACUGUCAAAUAAAGGGUGAAUACCUGAUGCACACCUGAA